UGCGGGCGAGUGGGGCCCCGAGGGCCCCGCGGGGGCGAGCGACACAGGGACCUUCCCGAGUCUCGAACGCGGAGUAAGAAGUCGCCAGGCCCGCCAGGAGGUGAAGGACGACCUCGGCCUGGGAACUUGAGAAGCAUAAAACGUGGAUGCUUAAAACCGCAGGUCCUUGUGAAGUGAAAUGCUGUGGGGCUGCAAGGGGCUGGAGUUAGGUAGUCACGGUGGCUCCGCUGGAGGAGGCAUCACGAGGUCACAAAAAUGGAAUCUACUUAUGGCUGGGGAGAAAAUGUGCACUUCUCAGAGCAAGCCUCAGGCGUCCCAUUUGCUGCCUCCGGUGUGGGCUCUUAAUGGUUGAUAAUCGCCUAGUAACUGCCCCCAAUCCCCUGUCCUCGGACAAAACUCCACCAACAGGAUAGGUCCUGCGCUUAGUGCAAGCAGUAAGACAUUGCUUGAACUUUGGGUGCAAGCUGGAGAAUACCCGGAAAUGAGACAGCUCUUAUACCCAGAGCCUACUCUCCCCACCAACCAACAUCCGAGUGCCUCGAUGCCACCCCAGAGGCAGCAGCAGCAUAUGGAUCAGACACACACCUACAUCCGAAUGUUCUGUGGCAGCCUCUGUGGCUUUAGUCUCCUCAUGCUGAUCUGCGUGUCCCCACUGAACUGGGUGCAGUUCCUGGUGAUCAAGAAUGGCCUGGAGCUCUACGCAGGACUCUGGAUCUCGUGCCACGAUGAGCUGUGCUGGAGCCGCACACCCAAGCCACCCUAUUACCUCCAAUAUUCCAGGGCCUUCUUCCUCAUCUCUGUCCUCACCAUCCUCAUUGGCCUUGGCUGGCUCUUCAGCGCUUGCCUCCCUAGGACAGGAAGCACGACCACUAACUUGGACCUGAAGGUGUCCGUGCUCAGCUUCAUCUCAGCCUCCUGCUUGCUUCUCUGCCUCAUCCUAUUUCUGGCACAGGUUCACUGGCACACUAGGGAGGCCAUGGAGUCAGCCUUCCUGUGGACCUAUCAUCUUAACUGGGGGAGUGACUUCUUAUACACGUUUGCUGGGAUCCUCUCUUUCCUCAACUACCUAACUUCCAGAGCUCCUCCUCUUGAUCAAAAUGUCAUUGCAAUUCCCACAGAGAAGUCGAGGCUGGGGAUUGGUCCAGUGACUCCAGCACAACCUGCAGAAGAUGCAGUGUCAAGGUCUCAGACAGAAUCUACAAGUGAGAGACAGGAAAAUCCACCAAGUGCAGAGCUGUGAUGGUGACAGGACAUUCCAGUGACUGCUUGUCUAAAACGCAGGGGAGAUGCUUGCUGAGUAGGGAAUGAUUGUACAGAUUCGAGGAAACCCCUCUGGUAUCAUGUCCGUAUCACCGAAGGAGACAGCAUUAAAGCUGAUGAGAUGUCCUUUGUGUAUGCUGCAUCCAGAAUAUGCAUGAUCCUCGUAAAGAAAGUAAUGAAAAUCACUUAAGAAAAAAUUUUUAAAAGGAAACACCAGUGUUCAGGGUCACGAGUGAAGGAAACUAGCAGCAGGCGCAGUGCGUGAGGCAGAGCUCUCUCUCAGCACCAGGGAUCUCAUGGACCACAACGGUCCAUGCAGAAUGCCACCAGAUUCUAUUUGAAGUUUUUUUAUCAUGUGUGGCUCUGGGCACACUCAGGAUGGAAGGCAUUUGGACCGCAGUGCUGAAUCUGAAUGGAGGCCACUACCAGAAGUGGAAUGGACAGCAGCAGAGAUAAUGCCCACCACCCAGAGGGGCUGGGGGUUGCUGGGUAGACUCUGGAAAAUCGUGAAACCCCGCUUCCUGUGAGGGCUGGCAAUCUGAAACCCUUACAGCCUGUUGUGUGAGCCUACGACUCCUCCCUAGGCUGGGGGAUGCCUUAAUCAGGCAUCUAUAAACUCUCUGAAAUUCCAUGCAGACCUUGUGCACGCACUUUUCUGUAAAGGAGCCGUCAGAUUCUUGAUAGGCCUUUGCCUCUUUUUGUUCCUAAGGCAUCAGCUCUGUUCGACUGAGCCGGAUGAGGCUUAAAGGGCUUUCUUCAGCCUGAGUGUGCAUGUGGACCAAGUUAAAACCCUUUUCCAUGUUCUGUAUACUGUGUAAGACUGCGUAGGGGUGGGAGCAUUCAGGCGAUAACAUAAUCUUUUUUUUUUCGGUGGAGGCCGGUCAUUCGAUUCAUUUACUUAUUUAUUUUUGGAGGAGGUUCUGGGGAUUGAACCCAGGACCUCGUGCACACUAAGCAUGUGCUCUGCCACCUUCCCCUCACAUAAUCUUUUGAUGGCUACAGUUCCCCUUUAAACUCAGACCAUUUUCCAUGCAAAAGGCCCCCAACAUUCAUUCUGUGUUUUAUUCCUUUAGUAGCCGCCACUACUGUUCUGUUGGCUGAGGUUCAUUCUCCUCAAGCCUGGCGCAGGAAUGGGCCACAGUGCCCAGCUUCAUCCCCUCGCUGCUCUUAAAGCUCAGCCCCGGGGUCCUUUUGGUUAAGAGAUUCACUGGUAACCUGUGUAGAAAACAAAGGUGAUAGUUCUUAUAAUCCUGGCCCCUGGUGAGUAACUUUCAAACACUUCCAGAUGGUAGCUGGAAGACCCCUAGGUUAGUACUUCUGCUUGUGUUCCUAAAGGUGUGAGCUAAGCAGCACACGCACACGUGCACCCACACACAGAAACAAGCACCGUGCUGGGUGCUGAGUGUGCACAGCCUGGUAGGCUGUGUCCUUGCUGCUGAAGGUGGUCACGGACCAGAAGGAGACACAGACAGGCAAAUGGCAAAACUAUGUGAUAAAGGUUAUGAAAGGGCCAGUACAAAAUGCUGUCAUUCAGCAUUCUGGCACUGAGGGCUGGUUUCAGGGAAGGCGCCCCCAGAAAGGUAAGACUAAGAUGAAUCUUGGCUCAUGUUAACAAAGAUGAGCCGGGAAGUGUGACAGGUGCAAAACAGGGACCUUGUUGGGCUAGGAAACUGCAAGAAGAGUGAAGCAGUUUGGAGCACAGGGAGCAAAGGAGGGAGAGAAGCGGUCUAGAUGUCACUGAGCUUUUUGCUCCAUGACAUUACGGCCCACGUCUCGCAGGAAACAGAGGACUUGGCUCAGACGGGUGAAUCUAUAUGUUAAGGGACUAUUUACAAGGUCCCCUUAGAAUUGAAAAAGAUUUGGGGAAACGUCAGCGGGAAGAGUCAUUACUGCUCCGAAGCCUGCUCAAGAAGUGAAAGGAGGAGUUACCAGAAUCCAGAAGGGUGGCUCUGUGGCGAGGGCGCCUGUCAGGGGCUCUACCCUGGACCGCCCUCAGCAGGCAGGGAGGAGAGAAACAGUGAAUUAACACAAUGAUCCUCACACCUCUGAUCUUUGCCCCUGCCUGUCAUUGGUCACACCUAAUCUAGGGCUGGAUGGAUGGCAAGAAAGCUAUUGAAUACUCCAGUCUUCUGGAGCAAGGAUGGAGAGUAGAUCUGGAGGGGCACAUGGAAAAUCUCCAGCAAAUCACUGCAUCCUCAGACCUAACACAAUACCUGGCACAGAGGAGGUACUGAAUGACUGAAUGAGGUUGGAGAGUGAGCAGAAACCCCAUCUUUCUAGGUUUUUACCAAUUCAUGUUAACAUGAUUUUGCUUCAUAGUUGUGGGGAGCAAUCAGAGUAUUUUAAGCAAAAGGGAGACAUAAUUAGAUUUGCAUUUUAGAGGCAUCAAUCUUGGUAACUUUGUGGAGAAUAAAUGGAAAGAACAAACCUGGAAGCGGAGAGACCAGGUAAAAAGCUGUUGUGACAAUCCAGGACAGAGAUGCCAAAGGGAUGUUCUAAAGAAGUGGAAACAAAAAUACAAGAUCGGCUCGAGAACAUUAAAGACGUGGAAUUGCCAGAACACGUGUGAUUGACUGGUGGGAGUUAAGGGUACAGGACCGGGGGGCAGGACGGAAAGAGGAUGACUAUGUUUCUCGAAGACCUCUUGGAUGUUAGUGUGUCUUGAGAAAUCCAGGCUUGGCAGACAGGUUGCUGUAGGAAUCUGGAGUUCAGCGGAGACCUGGGCGGGAGAAAGGGAUUGGAUCAGAUCUGGCAAGUAAGACAGAGA